GCACACAAGCACUUGAAAUCAUAGCAUUAUCAUUAUGGCUUUGGCUACUAAACACUUUCUGCAGCUGUUAGGGAUGCUCGUCUUCCUCGUGAGCUUGUUAACUCUCACUGAGCCAACACUGGCAGACGAUUAUGAUGAUAUCCCUAGAGAUUUUCACCGCACUUAUUUUCCUAAUGACUUCAUUUUUGGUACUUCUACUUCUGCUUACCAGAUUGAAGGCCACACAAACACAAAGGGUAGAGGACCUAGUGUCUGGGACACAUUCACUCAUGAGACUCCGGAGAGGAUAAAGGAUGGCAGCAACGGAGACGUUGCAGUUGAUUUCUAUAAUAACUUCAAACAAGAUAUACAACGUGUGAAGAAUAUGGGUUUUAAAGCUUUCAGAAUGUCCAUUUCAUGGUCCAGAGUUAUACCUAGUGGAAGAAGACAUGAAGGAGUGAACGAGGAAGGAAUUAAAUUUUAUAAUAGUGUUAUCAAUGAAAUUAAAAACAAAGGAUUAGAGCCUUUUGUUACUAUUUUUCACUGGGAUACUCCUCAAGCCCUAGAGGAUAAAUAUGGUGGCUUUUUAAGCCGUAAUAUUGUGGAUGAUUAUCGUGAUUAUGCGGAUCUUCUCUUUGAAAAAUUUGGUAAGCAAGUGAAGUAUUGGAUGACUUUCAAUGAACCAUGGGCUCUUAGUGGAUUUGCCUAUGAUGAUGGUGUUUUUGCCCCUGGUCGAUGCUCAUCUUGGGUGAAUCGUCAAUGUCGUGCUGGAAAUUCAGCCACUGAACCUUAUAUAGUUGCCCAUCACCUGCUCCUUUCUCAUGCUGCAGCUGUGCAAAUAUAUAGAGAAAAAUACCAAACAACUCAAGAUGGCAAGAUAGGGAUAACACUUUUUACCUUUUGGUAUGAACCUCUAUCUAAUAAAUCAGCAGAUAUAGAAGCAGCCAAAACAGCCCUUGAUUUCAUGUUUGGAUUGUGGAUGGAUCCUAUAACCUAUGGUCAAUACCCAAGAACUGUGAAAGAUUUAGUUGGAGAUAGAUUACUUGAGUUUACUGACAAAGAAUCUCGAUUACUUAGAGGAUCAUAUGAUUUUCUUGGGUUACAAUAUUAUACUUCAUAUUAUGCAAAACCAAAUGCUACAGUUGAUCCAAAUCAUAUUAGAUAUAAAACUGAUGGUCAUAUCAUCGAGACUCCUUAUGAUUAUGAUGGUAAACUCAUUGGUCCUCGGGCUUAUUCACCUUGGUUUUAUAUUUUCCCGAAAGGUAUCCGACAUCUUCUGAACUACACUAAAGAUACAUACAAUAAUCCAGUCAUUUACAUUACUGAAAAUGGGGUUGACAAUGAAAAUAAUGAAAGCCAACCCAUUGGCAAAGCGCUUAAUGAUACAUUCAGGAUAGAGUAUUAUCAAAAACAUUUGUGGAAUGUGCUAAGAUCACUCAAGGAAUACAAAGUUAAUGUAAAAGGUUACUUUGCAUGGUCAUAUUUGGACAACUUCGAAUGGAAUAUUGGUUAUACUUCAAGAUUUGGUUUGUAUUACGUAGACUACAAAGAUAACCUGAAAAGAUGCCCCAAGUCUUCAGCUUUUUGGUUCUGCCGGUUCCUUUCUUCGAAGCCAUUACACUUAUGUGGUCUUCUACUACAUUCAUGCAAGAUCCCCAAGAUUUCUCCAGAGGCUAGCGAGUUCAAAUAGCAUGUGCUUUCUAGAGGUUCCACAUCUGUGUGACUUGCGUGUUUUUUAGUUGAAUAAUAUCACUAGGCUGCUGCUCAGAUCCGGCCGGUGACUUUGUGUUUGUGAUAAAAAUUGUGGUGAUCCGUGCCCUGGUUGUUUUCAUUGUUCUAAAAUAUGUAAUGCAUUAUGUACUGGUAUUGUGUCUUUGAAAUCAAUUUUAUUAUCCUUUAAA